GCAAAGCUUGAACUCUUCCCUCCCAAGUAGAAAAAGCCAGCAUGGAUAGUAAAGAAUCACAGUCCAAGACCUCAAAUGAAGAGGAAGAUUGCUUAUUUGUUAUGCAAAUUGCAAGUGCUUCAGUCCUUCCCAUGGUACUAAGCGCUGCAGUUGAGCUUAAUCUGUUAGAGAUCAUAGCCAAGGUUGGUGCUGGUAACUUCAUCUCCCCCCCAGAGAUUGCUUCUCUUCUCCCUACACAAAACCCAGAUGCUCCUGUCAUGAUUGAUCGUAUACUUCGCCUUCUCUCGAGCUACUCCAUCUUAAAUUGUUCUUUGGUAACUGAAGAAAAUGGUGGUGGAGUCAGAAGAUUAUAUGGGUUAGCACCUGUGAGCAAGUUCCUAGUAAACAAUGAAGAAGAAGUUUCAAUUGCUCCCUUUGCUUCCUUGUUUCAGGAAAAGCCCUUCAUUGAAAGUUGGUAUCAUUUGAAACAAGCAGUUCUUGAAGGAGGAACCCCAUUUGAGAAGGCCCAUGGAAUGAACUUAUUUGAUUAUCUUGGCAAGGAACCUGUACUUAAUAAAGUCUUCAAUACAGCUAUGUAUAAUGCAACUAUGAUAACUAUGAAAAAGGUUCUUGAGACUUACAAGGGUUUUGAGGGCCUAAAAGAGGUAGUUGAUGUUGGUGGUGGGUAUGGAGUCACUCUAAACCUUAUCAUUUCCAAGUAUCCUACAAUCAAGGGAAUUAACUUUGAUUUGCCCCAUGUGGUCAAAGGUGCACCAUCCUAUCAUGGUGUUGAGCAUAUUGAAGGAGAUAUGUUUGUAAGUGUUCCGAAAGGAGAAGCCAUUUUUGUAAAGUGGUUACUUCAUGUCUUGAAUGAUGAGAAAUGCUUGAAAUUGUUGAAGAAUUUUUGGGACGCAUUACCAGACAAUGGAAAAGUGAUUGCUGUUGAGUAUGUAGUUCCUGAAGAUCCCAAGAACAAUCUCCAAAAUCAUAACAUCUUCCAAUUGGACCUUAUAAUGUUGGCUCAACCAGGAGGAAAGGAACGAACUGUGAAAGAAUUUGAGGCCUUAGCUCAAAUAGUUGGAUUUGCAGGUUUAAGAAUUGUCUGUCAAGUUUACAGCUACUCAGUCCUUGAAUUUUAUAAAUAGAUAAUAUAUUAGUUAGAGGGGCGAGCCUUCGACACAACGGUCAAGUUGCACUAUUGCAAAAUGUUGGUCAAAGCUAGGUUCAAAAUUUGGAAACAAUUUCUGUUGCAAAGCAAGGAGUAAGGCUGUAUACAUUUACCCUCUCCCAAACCCUAUAGUAGUGAGAUCUUCAUGCACUGGAUUGUUCUUUUUGUUCUUAUAA